AUGCAGGACAUUAUUGACCAUUUACCUAAAUUGCCUGAAAUCCAACAACAAAAGCUCACUAUUCCUGAAUUCGAUGAAAUAGAAGUAAAAACAACCGACUCAGUAGAAAUAAAGAAGUUCAUACGAAAGGUAAAUUAUGAGUUUCUAGGAUUUCAUUGCAACCAUAAAGUUAUGGACAAAGAUUGCGACAUGUUAUAUAAGAACAUCUCUGACAUAUAUAAAUCGGAGGAGUUUAAGACAUACGACAACUUUGUUUCGUUAGUUGCUGAAUGUGUUUGGCAGAUAAGAGAUAAAGAUAGAAGAGGUAAAGUAUGGAACGAACAAAUAAGACCCGCUAUGUUUGAGAUGAAGAAAACCAUUGACGCCUUAGUUGUUCUAGCAGGUCAAAUUUCAAUGUAUAACGCAAAAAUGAACCCACAAUGUUCAAAAUGUAAAGCAGCAAUAAGGAAAUAUAACUACUCCGUCAAAGAGAUAGAACGUAUGAGAAACGACUAUGCUGACUUAAAGAAAGAAGUAGAGAAACCAGCAGAAGAUAAAAUGGACAUGUUAGCAUUUCUGAACAAAAACUAUCCAACAGCUGACGAUUUCCUAUUAUCUGACGUCAAGAAGAAGUAUAAAGAAACUUUCGGCAUUGUUAAAACAUUCGAUGUACUAAAAGAAGAAAUAGAAGCUACAAAACUGUUUAGGAUUUCAAAUAUACAUCGUACAAUUCAUGUAAAACGCUUAUAA